UUAAAUGUCAAACAUUGUUUUGAUUUGAUUUUGUAAAUUAAUUAUUAAUCUUUAAUUGAGAUUUUUAACAUUAAAUAAAAUGAGUGUCCUUUUUAAGAGUGAAAAAUUCUUCGCACUUGACCACCAGGGUUACAUUUCAAAAACUUACCAGAAUGUAGUCAUUACGCCUGAACAGUUUAAAUCUUAUGCCCUUACAGGUUCAAUUUUUUCAAUAUCUAAUAAUAUUACAAGCGUUUUAAAACCUGGAAAUCCUAGAAAACGAAAAAAAGACUCGAGUAUUAUUAAUCAAGAGACAUUUUCGGUGCAAACAAUGUUUGAGAAGUUUCUACAAUUAAUUACAACUGAUGUUAUUGAACAUUUCAAACAUCGCUACAAAUUGGUAGACACAACAUUUGUAAGAAAUAUAGCAAAGAAUUAUUUUGAAUCUACUAUUUUCGAUCAUGCCAACAUAAGUGGAGGAAAUGACUCUAAUUUGCCAAUUAAGUGUAAAAUUAAUGAUGAAUUUUUCCUUAUACCUCAAAAUUCACGGUUUUUAUGUGGAGAUGUCAAAGAUUGUUGUAAGAAACUUGAUGGUAGUAAAUAUGACAUUGUAAUAGCAGAUCCUCCUUGGUGGAACAAAUAUAUAAGACGGCUGAAAGCUGCAAACUCCAAGUUAAGUUAUUCUAUGAUGUACAAUGAAGAUAUUGCAUCAAUACCAGUUAAAAACCUAUUUGCUGAUAACUGCCUUGUUGCAGUUUGGUGUACCAACUCACCAAGUAAUAUCACCGCAUUGAAAGAAAUGAUAUUUCCCAAUUGGGGUGUAGAGUAUGUCACAACAUGGUAUUGGCUCAAAGUAACCAGAGAUUUGAAACCUUUAUGUGUAUUUAACACUGGAUGUAAGAAACAACCGUAUGAGAGAAUAAUCUUAGGAAAGGUUGGUAAUGUGAAUAUACCAGAAGAAAGUUUGAUUGUGAGUGUGCCAAGUGCCUUACACUCGCAUAAACCACCAUUAUUAGAUAUAUUAUCCUCAUAUGUACCUGGAAAUCCUCAAACUUUGGAACUAUUUGCAAGAUACUUACUUCCAAAUACUACCAGUGUUGGAUAUGAACCACUCAAAUGGCAACAUAUUUCGCUAUACGAAGAUUUAGAUGAAAAUAAAAAAGAAAGUAAUCUUAAUUAGAAAUAAUUAAUAUGAUGUCAUUUUUAUUGAAAAUCAAAAAUUGUAUUAUGUAUUUACAAUUUUAAUACGAAAUAAAUAGAUUUAGGCAUUUUUCAAUGAUUUGUAUUAAGAUUGAAAUAUGUGUAUAAUGUUUAUCUUAACUUGUAAAAGAUAAUUAAACAUUAUUAUAAAUAAAUCAUUUUAUUGUUUUA